AUGGCGAGCUUAGAAAACAAGGUGAUCGCCAUCACCGGCGGAGCAAGUGGUAUUGGUCUCGCAACCGCAAAGCUGCUGGCCGAGCGUGGCGCGAUCGUUUCGCUUGCCGACACGAAUCAAGCCGGCCUCGACGACGCUCUGAAAGCCCUGCCAGGCACCGAGAGAAAGCAUUCCGCGGUGAUUGUGGAUGUCCGCGACGGCAAACAAGUGGAUUCGUGGAUCGAGCAGAUAGUGUCCGAGCACGGGAGGCUAGAUGGCGCUGCCAACGUCGCUGGUAUCUUGGUUGGCGGGCACGUUCCGAUCUCCGAGGAGACGGACGAGGGCUGGAAUAGGACCAUGGACGUCAACGCGAAAGGCGUUUUCAACUGCCUGCGAGCACAGUUGAGGAUCAUGAAUGCAGGCGCGAGCAUUAACAUGGACAAGCUCACCAUGAAGCCGGCAGUCUUAGCUGCCUGCAAUGGCGAGGGCGCCCACGACAACCUUGCUCGAACCGAAUUUGGCAAACCGAUGAGGGACAAAUACUUCCUGUUCGCAAAGGAUUACACCAAUCUGAAUCACGGUUCCUUUGGCGGCUAUCCUAGCACGGUCCAGAAAGCCCUACGCCACUAUCAAGAAGCAGCAGAGGCGGAACCCGACAAGUUCAUCCGCUACACCUACCCACGACUGCUGCGGAAGAGCCGAGCUCUGCUCGCGGAAAUGCUUCAUUGUCCCGUCGACGAACUGGUUCUGUGCUCCAAUGUCACGACCGCCACGAACACGGUACUGCAGAACCUGCGAUGGGAGGAAGGAGACAAGAUCGUCUAUACCUCUGGCGUCUAUGGGGCAUUGGAGAAGACCAUUGAGUAUAUCGUCGAGACAACCCCGGCGGAGAGCGUGAGAGUCGAGUUGGAUUUGCCUCAGAGCGACGAUAAGAUCGUAGAGCUCUUCCGCAAGACAUUGACGGAAGAAAAGCUCAAGUGUGAGCAAGCUGGGAAAGGACGAGUUCGGUUGGGCAUCUUCGACUCGAUUGUCAGCAUGCCUGGGCUGCGGGUGCCAUUUGAGAGGCUAGUGCAGCUGUGUCGUCAAGAAGGUGUGCUAAGCCUGGUAGAUGCGGCGCAUGGAGUGGGCCAUAUUGCUCUCGACCUCACCGAGCUGGACCCGGAUUUCCUGGUAACCAACUGCCACAAGUGGCUUUUCGUGCCCCGGUCAGUCGCGGCCUUCUUCGUGCCGAAAAGGAACCAGCACUUGAUUCACACGACGCUCCCGACAUCGCAUGGGUUUCAGCCACAACGAACCAGCACAAUACAUGACCCGAUGCCCACCUCGGACGAGACAAACCCAAUGGUAAAGCAGUUUGAGUACUUUGGCACCAUUGACGGAGCCGCUUACUGUUGCAUCGAGGAGGCAAUUCGUUUUCGCAACGAGGUCUGUGGCGGCGAAGCAGCUGCUCGAGCAUAUUGCACCUCUCUUGCGAAGAAAGCGGAAGAGAUCCUGGUUGAAACUCUGGGGACAGAUACUUUCGACAUCCCGGAGACGCAUCGAGUUUUCUUUGCGCACGUUCGACUGCCCAUAUCCGUUGGGCAGGGGGCUGGAUACGAUGUGCCCGCAGGAGACGCCUCGGCCAUCAUCGAAUUCAUGAACAAAGAGUUUGUGGAAAGAUAUGGGACUUUCUUCUUUUUGCUGUUCUAUCGAGGCGCCUGGUGGGCCCGCCUGUCCGCCACGGUAUAUCUUGAUCUAGAGGAUUGCAAGUAUGCGGCCUUCGUCUUGAAAGACCUGAGCGAAAGGGUGUGUAGACGUGAGUACCGGGCGGUCAGCCCAGGAGUGGCAGAGAGGUGA